GGCGAAACGGAGCCUCUAGGGAUGACGUGUACCGGAACAACGUAAACCUGUCUUGAAUGGAUUGAAUUUGAAGAAUCGUUUCUUUCUUUGUUACCCAAGUUUUACGCUAAACGCUAAUUUUAACGGCCAGAUUAUGCAAACCUGGAGUCUCGUUUCUAUCUGUGUUCUGCUGGGCGUUGUUAUAAGAUGGGGCGUUUCGUUUAAUUCGUAUUCAGGGGCGGGGAAACCACCCAUGUUUGGCGACUAUGAAGCUCAAAGACACUGGCAGGAGGUGACCUACAACCUCCCUCUGCAGGAAUGGUACUUCAACACCACUGACAAUGAACUGAACUACUGGGGUCUUGACUAUCCCCCUCUGACUGCGUAUCACAGCUGGAUCUGUGCUUACAUAGCAAAGAGAAUAAAUUCUGAAUGGGUGGAGCUCCACAAAUCCAGAGGUUAUGAAAGUCCAGCACACAAGUUGUUCAUGAGAGCUACAGUCCUUAUUGCAGAUGUGUUGAUAUAUAUCCCUGCUGUGGUUUUGUAUUGUUUAUAUCUGACUGAUGGAUCCUCUAAGAAAAAGGUUUCCACUAUGUUUUGCUUCCUGCUGUACCCAGGACUGAUUCUCAUUGACUAUGGCCAUUUCCAGUACAAUGGAGUGAGCUUGGGCUUUUCCCUGUGGGGAGUUGUGGCUUUGGGUCUGGGCUGGGAUGCUCUGGGCUCAAUGGCCUUCUGCCUGGCUCUCAACUACAAACAAAUGGAGCUGUACCAUGCUCUGCCGUUUUUCUGCUAUCUGCUGGGGAAGUGCAUCAAACUGGGAUUGAUAGGGAGAGGGUUUGUUCUGUUGGCGAGAAUUGCUGUAACAGUGUUGGUGACUUUUGCCCUCUGUUGGUUGCCCUUCCUGUCUGACCCUGACCGGGCCUUGCAGGUGGUUAGAAGGAUCUUUCCCGUGGCUCGUGGCUUGUUUGAGGAUAAGGUGGCCAACGCAUGGUGCAGCUUGAACACUGUGAUAAAGAUCAGAUCCAUUCUGUCCAGUGACUCGCAGCUCUACCUCAGUUUGGCCUGCACCCUUCUUGCAGUCCUACCCUCCUCUGUCAGACUUCUGACAAAGCCGACCUUCUGGCAGUUUAAAUUGGCCUUGGCUAAUUCGUCUUUGGCAUUUUUUCUCUUCUCCUAUCAAGUCCAUGAGAAAUCUAUCCUCUUGGCUGCCUUACCAGUGUGCCUCCUGCUGAGCGACCUUCCCCUCAUGGGUAUUUGGUUCCUGCAGGCCUCGACAUUCAGCAUGCUGCCCCUGUUUCUAAAGGACGGUCUACUGGUGCCCUACUUUGUGACCUCGCUGGCCUUCCUCUACUUCAGCAUCUAUCUACUGUCAGCGCUCGAGCACUCUUCAGAGGAAGAGCUGAGACUGAGGCCCUACCGCAGGGUGUUUUUCUGCCUACCCAAAGUGGACCUGGCCUGUGUAGUAAGAUGGAAGUUCUAUGUCAGCAUUGCGUCCAUGGCUGGUCUCAGCAUCGCUAGUGUCCUUCUGGUCCCUCCACCUCAUCUGCCUGACUUGUUUCCUGUGCUGGUGUCUACUACUGCUUUCCUGCACUUCUCUGGAGCAUUUGUGUAUUUCAACGUUGUCCAGUUCAGUGGGCCACCAAGCAAAAGGAGCCAGAAGAAGAACAACUAAGUGCCAAAGUUGGGGCUUGAGAGGUUUAGAUUCCAAAAGGUUGUGUUACAUGGCCUUGUGCUUGUAAUGUGCAAGAAGAAUUUUACUUGUGCCAUCAUGUAACAUACAUAAAGCACACAAUUAUCAAGGCAUCUUGUUUGAGAAAGCUACAAAAUGCCAAUUGAGAAAGAACUUUCUAGUUUGGACCAACUGAAAACACAAUCUCCUCGUCUCAGUGCUCAAGCUCUAACUUUUCGCUUGGACGACUCUUUUCGUUGUCCUGUCCUUUUGGAUGACUGGAUUGUAAGGAUUAUGUGGCAACAUCAGAAUUAACAAGCUGUGCGCAGCCUACACAUCUGAAUUCUAAAUGAGGGGUCCACAGUAACAGGAACACUUGUGGCCGUAAAUGUUCAUUCAUUUAAAGCCAGGUUGGGGAUGAUGAUGCGUUUCAUCACAUGUUUAGCGUCAUGUUACUUUUUUCCACCAACACUUCACAUUGUGACUUGACUAAUGGUGAUGUACUCAGGUAUGCUUUUGAGUUUUCUUUACAGUUUUCUACUGUAUUUUUAUGCAUUGAAGUUAUUUUGUACAAACUUUGUUUUUGGGAAUAUAAAUAAAUUUUUUCAGGAAUCCAAAGUGAA